AUGAGUGAUAUUCUGCAGAAGUAUUUUGAGGGGAAGAUCGAUUUUGAGGGCCAGAAAGUAGUUGAGCAAGUCUCAAGAAAUGCGCUCAUUGCUGCAACGGGUAUCUCCUUCAUUGCGGGCUUCGCGCUGCAGUCUCUCCUAGUGCUGUUUGGAACAUUCUCACUGUUCGUUUUACUUCUGUCCUUGCGUGGCUGUAGACGCCCGAAGUUAACUCUGCCAUCAACCCCCACCAACGCCAACGUCGUCCGCCUCCUCGUCCCUUCUAUCCUCCACCGCCGUCUGCGCGGGUCUAUGGACGAUUUGCUCAGCGGUGUUACUCCUCAAGACGGCGCCUCUACUCCCACCCACGGAGGCAUGGUCGCUGGCCCCGAAUACGACAUCCCCAUAACGCGCAAGCAGACACCUACCGCAACUUCUCCCUCUCCUCCACCUUCCACUCAGCCGGACGUCCGCCCAAUGGACCGCACUGAGCGUACGGAACGGUACGCCCAACCCCGAAGCACGUCAUCCACCCAACGCCCAAGACCGGUCUCGAUGCCACCUCAAGCGUAUGCCCCUCCUGCGAACGGCGAGCGCGAUCAGCGUGAGGAUGGCCGCCAUGGCCGCGAGGGCACCUCGACAGGGAAGUCGCGCAGCGGGACUCGCAUUCUUGGUGACUACACGCUCAGCAAGACCCUCGGCGCGGGCAGUAUGGGCAAGGUCAAGCUCGCACACCACAAUGUGUCGGGCGAAAAGCUAGCCGUCAAGAUACUUCCUCGCGUAUUGCCGGGCUCUUCAGCCGCGCCCCCGACCUCCGACGCAGCCGCGAAACAGGCCUCUAAGGACGCCUCCAAGGAGAUUCGGACCAUCCGCGAAGCCGCGUUGUCGAUGCUCCUCCACCACCCCUACAUCUGCGGCAUGCGAGAGAUGAUCGUCCACCAACAUCACUAUUACAUGGUCUUCGAGUAUGUCAGCGGCGGCCAGAUGCUCGACUACAUCAUUAGCCACGGUCGUUUGCGCGAGCGUGUCGCCCGCAAGUUUGCAAGGCAAAUCGGUAGUGCGCUCGAUUACUGCCACAAGAAUAGCAUCGUCCACCGUGACCUCAAGAUCGAGAACAUUCUUAUCUCGCACUCGGGCAACAUCAAGAUCAUCGACUUUGGCUUGUCCAACCUCUUCAACCCCAUCGACCACCUCUCCACUUUCUGUGGCUCAUUGUAUUUCGCUGCCCCCGAACUCCUGAACGCCAAAGUCUACACCGGUCCAGAGGUCGACGUCUGGAGUUUCGGCGUCGUCUUGUACGUUCUUGUCUGCGGGAAGGUGCCUUUUGACGAUCAAAGUAUGCCUGCGCUGCAUGCGAAGAUCAAGCGGGGAUUGGCGGAGUAUCCGGUGUGGUUGAGCGCAGAGUGUAAGCACCUACUCACGCGCAUGCUCGUCACAAAUCCAGCUGUGCGCGCACCGCUGUCGGAGGUGAUGAAUCAUCCUUGGAUGACGCGGGGGUACCGUGGGGCCCCCGACUCUCAUUUGGUGCACCGUGAGCCCCUUCGGGCGGACGAGCUCGACCGCAACGUGAUCAAGGGAAUGAAGGGCUUCGAAUUCGGAACUGAGGAAGAAAUCGAGCAGAGGCUCAUCGAAGUCCUGGAGUCCGACGGGUACUACCGCGCGGUGCAACAGUGGGAACGGAAACGGAUGGGCAACGGGCGAAACGGCCACGGACGCUGGGGAGAGUCGUUCUCUAACUCCUCGCUCGCGAUCUCCCACGAUGGAAGCUUUUCCACAACGGCCACAAAGGUGGAUCAGUCCCCCUCGAAGAAGUCAAAGCGGUUCUCAGGUUUCGACUUUUACCGCCGCAAGCUUUUCUCGCCUUCUUCCUCUCCUCCCGGCACCCCUCUCGCGCAAUCGCCACCCGGAUCCCAGUCUCAUCUCUCCAACUCUUCCCUGCUCGAGUCACAGCGAGAACCUCCGGACCCAACAUAUGCGUUUCACCCCCUCAUCUCCAUCUACUUCUUGGUCCGCGAGAAGAUGGAGCGCGAGAAGGUCUACGGCCCUGGCCACUUUGCGAGCUCGCAGCUGUCGCUCGAGACCAGCGCACGUCCAGACGCGUCGGCUGACGCUUCCGUGCCACCAACCACAUCUGCCAAACAGCUCUCGCAGCCGACAGUACGCAAGCGCGACGCACCCGCCUCUGGCAAGCCCGACUACAGCAUGCCUCUUCCCCGUCUUCCCGCUCCCGAGACCUCCCACUACUCUGGCAUGUCGUAUGACGUCACCCCCGCGACUCCUUCGCCUACAGCCUCGGCAUUCCCCCAGCCUCGUGCACGCGAUGCAGCGUUGGCGCCACCUCCCGCCGCUAAGGGACCCGCUUCGCCUACACUGCCGAAGUCGAUCGCUCCGACUCCGGCCCGGUUGUCAAUGUCAAUGUCCAUGCCGCGCGAGCCUGCGAACACCGCCCACCGUCGGAGCCACAGCCUCAGCCAACGCCCGAGCGUCCGUGGCUGGCAUGGGAUGUUCGGCCUCGGUGCAACAGAGGAGGUGACGGAGCACGGGACAAUGGGGCCACGCAAGGAGGAGCCACCACGCACGGCCGGACCUGAACUGACCACCUUCGCCGAGAAGAUGGAGGCGCCGAAAGAGGUGGAUGAGAGCAUGCGCCACGAGGACGAUGAGGAGCCGCGGACGCCGAUCGUCCUUUCCGCGGGCGCGACGCUCGUGCGCAGGUUCGGAAGCAUCCUGGUCGGGCGCGGUGACGACUCGCGGCGUCUCAACACCCCGCAGAAGCGCGGGAGCAUCCUCCCGGGCUUCUCGCCACGGGCGUCCGGGGAGGAGUCGCGCGAGAAGGAGAAGGAAGAGAAGGAGGAGGUGCCGAAGGAGAAUGGCGACGGUCAGAAGAACGGUGCCGUCGCCACGGAGGAGAAGAAGGACGAGGCGGGCACCAUCUCGGAGAGCCAGAGCCACCCUGCCGUCUCCGCCCACCGACGCGCCGCAACUAUCCUCGACCCACAAGGCCGAUCGCUCCGUCAUGAGCGGCGCAGCAGCACCGGGGCCGCGCUUAUGUCAACCGUCGGCGGCACUAUCGGGCGGCAUCGGAGACCGUCGACAGGCCACUCGUACACCCCCAAGCCUCUUGGUGAGCGGCUGUUCGGACGGACGGAGGAGGAGGAAGAGCAGGCUGUGCGGGAGGCAGACGAAACUCUGGUCCAGAAUGGUCAGAACGGAGCGGACGCGGGGGACCGCGGGGAGGACGAUGCUCCGGGCGAGGACAGAGACUUCAAGCCGGUGUAUCUCAAAGGCCUCUUUAGCGUUGCGACGACGUCAACAAAACCGCCACAGAUGAUUAAGACGGACAUCAAGCGUGUCCUCGACCGCAUGCAGGUGCAAUAUCGGGAGACGAAGACUGGCUUCGAGUGUAUCCACAUGCCGUCCAUCGACGUGUCUUCCAUUCAGCCGCCAGCCGCUCAUUACAAGCGUCCAUCCUCGAGCUCACACGAGGACAGGAAUCGGACGAUUACCAAGAAGGCGUCCAAGCGGUCCUUCGGCAUGCGGGGCAAGGAGCGCGAACGCGAGCAGUCCAAGGACAAGGACAAGGAGCUCCCAAGCCGGCCGUCUGGCGCGACCACGCUGUCCACUACCGCCAGCAGCGCAUCGUCUUCGUUCUUCCAUAUCUCGUCGAAUACCCACACCGCAACCGGUGACGUCGCGCGUUCUGGCACACUCGAGAACCUGGCUGUCACGGCUACAGAGGAGCAGCCCCGGUCGCCUUCGCCGGCUAAGAGCAAGAUUCUUCCGCCUAUACCCAAGGAUCUGGUUCCUGCGAGUCCGAACAGGGCAGCAUCACCAAUGCCCACCGGCCAGGUCGAUGCAGAGGUCUUUGAGACGAUUGGCGCGAGUGCGCUUGCCGUGCGCUUCGAGAUCAACGUCGUGAAGGUUCCCUGGUUGCCACUCCAUGGCAUCCAGUUCCGGCGCUCUGGAGGCGACGGCUGGCAGUACCACAUGCUGGCACGGCGGGUCCUGACUGAGUUGAAGCUAUGA